AUGAAGCUGAAGCAGCUGGAGACCCUCCUCGGCUCCCUCCACCAGUUCGAGUCCCCAGACGUGGAACUCGAGCAGUACCCGACCGGUGCCCACAUCGCAUCUCGAAUGCUAUACACGGCCGAAAAUUCGUAUGGCGACCUCGCAAACAAGAUUGUCGCCGACUUGGGCUGUGGCUGCGGCACUCUCGGCCUAGCCGCGGGUCUCCUGGGAGCCGACCAUGUCCUCGGCCUCGAUAUCGACCCAGACGCUAUCCAAACCGCAUCUGCCAACGCGGACGAGCUCGAAAUCGACAUGGAUUUUGUCCAGUGCAAUGUCCUCAGCUGGCGGCCGCCCGUCCCGGGGUGUGUCGACACGGUUGUGAUGAACCCACCGUUUGGGACGAGAAGAAAAGGGGCUGAUAUGGAUUUUUUGGGCGUGGCUUUAAAGGUUGCAUCGCGUGCGGUUUAUUCUUUGCACAAGACUUCGACUAGGGAGCACGUGAGGAGAAGGGCUUUGGGGGAGUUUGGUGCUAGUCGGGCUGAGGUGGUGUGUGAGCUCAGGUUUGAUGUGCCCAGGCUUUAUAAGUUUCACAAGAAGAAGGAGGUCGAUGUGGCUGUGGACCUGUGGCGGUUUGUGCCGUAG